GAAAAGGUUAAGUGCACCACUCUAGAGGGAGGAGCGAAGUCAUAGUAACAUUAGGUGAGGGAGAACACGGCAGCUUAUCUUUGCAAAGAGCCAGGUGAUCUACAUGGUCAAGCAGCGUGAGCUUCUGGCCACAUUACCACAUUUCCUCGCCACAGUCUCCCACCAAACUUCGAAGUGAUUUGUCAGUGUUUAAAGAGAUGUGAGCCAAAGAGUGUUUUCAGGGCAUGACCACAGAAAGUGUGUUGAGUGGAUCAUAAAAACCAACAGGGCCAAAAUGUUAGCCCUUUUUGAUAUCCACUGACAUGACCAAAGAUAUUAUCUGUUAGUUUACACUGAUGUAAGUGCUCCUCUUCACCAGCUGGGCUGAGAACCACACCCAUCAUAAGUUUUUCCGUGAUUGAUUGCACAUCCUAUUUACUGGCCACUUUGAGAACAUGGAGAAGUCAGUACUGCAGUCACAAAUCUCAGGAAUCCUCUUCAGGCAGUCAAGCCCAAACUUUCAGCAGGAGUCUCAAUUUGACCAAGAACAGAAUCAAGGAGAGAUCCAAGAUCUGCUGAAAAACCAAGCCAAAUGAGUAUAAGCACUGUAAGCUUAAAAUGGAGAGACAUGAUCUGGCAUAUGCCAAACCUCUCAAUGACCCAACCCUUCUCAUCAAAAUUACUGGAAGAAAUAACGUGGGCAGAUCUUUUCCUGGUGAUGAGGUCUGCAUUCAGAUCUUGAGCAGGGAACCACAGGUACAAGGAGGUGAGCGGGUGACAGGGAAGGUUGUAGGAUUGAUGCGAAGAGACGAAGAACAGUGUACCUUCAUCUGUAAGAUGGAAGGACUUGAUCAACUUGUUACGCCUGUCAAGAAUGACAUGACCAGAAUUCGUAUCAUUCAAACAAAGCCAGAUAAAAUAGAAAUACGAAGAAAGGACCAGUUCAACAGUCAAUUGUGGGUCAAAGACAAAUUCGUAGGUAAAGCUGGCGAUCAACUUUUAGUCGUCAAGGUGCUGAAAUGGGAAAAACAUUGUUCACAUCCUCUUGGAGUGGUUACAAAGGUUCUUUCAUGUGAGGAUUACUUGUAUGAAAUGUUUCAAAUACUUUCAAAAAAGGCUGGAAUAAAGGACACCCCUGCCUCUUCAUUUCAACCAAGAGAAGACAUGGAGGAUGAUAAAAAAAGAGAGGAUUUUCGCAAAGACAUAACGUUUACCAUAGACUCUAAGGGGACGCAAGACUUGGAUGACGCUAUUAGCCUGACUGACAAUGGAGAAACAUAUGUGAUUGCUGUUCAUAUUACAGAUGUGGCAAGCUACAUCAGCAAAGACAGUGAUGAGGAUACCCUGGCAAAACAGAAAGGAAGAACUUUUUACCCUCCACCGGAAAUACAGGCAGAAACAUCCUUCAUGUUUUCCAGAAAACUGAGCUCUGAAUACUUAAGCUUACUUCCCAAUAAGGAUCGAAAAACCAUAUCCUUGCUAGCAGUGGUUAACAAGGUCACCAACACAAUAGUAUCCAGUCGUUUUACUCUUUCUCUCAUCAGCUCUGACAGGCAGCUGUCAUAUGCAGAGGCUGACAGGAUAAUUCAGGAGCGCUGCUUGGAUAAUUCAGGGCCUCUAUGUUUCUCAAGUGUAGAAGAUUGUGUUGCUACUGCCUAUUGUUUUACCGAAGUGCACAGGAAGUACAGGCUGGAUGGAGGCUGGAGCUCUGGACAAUGGACAAAACAGAGCAGGGCCCACUGCAUGGUGGAAGAGCUGAUGAAUCUCUACAACAGUGCAGUAGCAGAGGAACUCAUCUCUGCAGACCUAACAAGAGAUCUCACCCCACUGAGAUGCCACCAGGAACCAGACCUUGAAGAACUUGAAGAGUUUAAAAUGAAAUAUUCUGACCUUCUGCCCUUGUCUCCUUAUCUAUCACAUAUCUGUGAAGUUGAGGAGUUUCAGGAGGUGGAAGAAUCCAAUGAAGUUUGGACAGAAGAAGAAGAAGAAGAAGAAGAAGAGAACAAGAAGAGAAAGACGCUGAAGAAGAAGAACAACAAGAAGAAGAAACUGAAAGCAUUCAAGACAAUGACACAUCACUUACUGUCAUUACACCUGUAUUACAAAAAAUGAAAGCUCUGGCAGAGAACAAAGAUUAUCACUCCCUGGUUCAGUUGAUCAUAUCAGAUAACAUCCACCCUAAGCUGCGUCCCAUGG